ACCCGUCCCCAUCCGUCUCCGCCAGAUUCCAACCUCAAACCAAAAAAUCCCCCAAUUCCGGCGUGCGAGAGCGCGAGGAAGGAGGCCAAGGCGGCGGCGAUGUCGGGGCGAGGCAAGGGGGGCAAGGGGCUGGGCAAGGGCGGCGCCAAGCGCCACCGCAAGGUGCUCCGCGACAACAUCCAGGGCAUCACCAAGCCGGCUAUCCGGCGGCUGGCCCGGAGGGGCGGCGUGAAGCGCAUCUCGGGGCUCAUCUACGAGGAGACCCGCGGCGUGCUCAAGAUCUUCCUCGAGAACGUCAUCCGCGACGCCGUCACCUACACCGAGCACGCCAGGCGCAAGACCGUCACCGCCAUGGACGUCGUCUACGCGCUCAAGCGACAGGGGCGCACCCUCUACGGCUUCGGCGGCUAGGCGGCGCUGGCGCCGGCGCGCCUCCUGCGGGGCGCUGCUCCCUCGGGCGUUUCGGGGAUGCGGUGCCGUCUGUGAUUAGGGAUGCUUCGUUUUUUAGUUACUUCGUCGGCUUGUGUCCUGGUGGGUCUGGAGCUGAUCUUGCUAGCGAUCCCUGUUCGAAUUGUUGGUGACGAACUGCUAUUAAUCUUGUCUGUCUGGAGUGCCUGUGCUUCUGUUGUGAUUGUUGUUUCAAGCGGAAUCUUGUUCUGAAUAUAAGUGCUAGUAGCUACUUAUUGUCGCAAAGGUUGUUUCGGUCUAA